AUGUCAUCAACGCCGGAAAUGGACCCAACACAACAACCACCGCCAUUCCCGCCGGUAAUCCAAGAACAAGCUUACAGCCAACAUUCGGGUCAUGGGUCAGUUGGACCCGUAAUAGGAGUACUAGCUGUAAUCAUGGUAUUGGGUGCGGUUGCUAUAAUGAUAGGCAGGCUAUGUUCGGGCCGCCGAAUAAUGGGCCACAUGCAAUAUGAUUUUGAAGGAUGGGUUGAGACUAAAUGUUCCACUUGUAUUGAUGGAAGAUUGGGCCCACCGGCACCAAGGGCUGUACCGGUGGUGGUGGUGGUGGAGAGAAGUGGAAGCAAUGUUAGUGAAGUUGGUGUGGUGGCUGAUCCGCCAGAUAGUCUGGCAGAUGAUGGGCCGCCACACACGGAAGAAGUGUUACAUGAACAAGAAGAAAAACAACCACAUGAACAACAACAAAAUUUACAUGAGAAUUGA